CCUAUUGCUUUACUCAGUUACAACGAAACAAACGUUGCCGUUGUCUCAUUCUAAACACUCAAUAAUUUUCCACAAGAAAUAUCAAAAAUUUUGAUAGAAAUUCCUCCAUAAGUUCGGCAGUUAAAGUUUCGAAGUGGAUCGAUACAUUUUAAGACUUUAGACUCAAGAAUUCGCUGAAAAAUUGAUAGAUAUUGACAGUUGAAUCCCUCAAUAAGUUCGGCAAUUCAAGUUCGGAAGCAGAUCGAUAAGUCGAUAAGUUUGGGAUAUCAGCGAUGGCGGGAUUGAUAACGAAUCAACUGUCCAAGACCCGGAUCUCGGGGGUGGGCUUUGCCCCAGAGGACACCAGGAAGAUGACUAGAUACUCGCUGGCUGACGCUAUGGCUGAGAAUGAAACCACCAUGGAUUAUCAUGUUAGAACUUUAACUCCCGAGGACAAGCCCAAAGUGUUGGCUUUUCUCAGGCGAUUCUUCUUUCGUGAUGAACCACUCAAUCACACCAUUGGACUCAUACCCGAAGGGGAGAACAGUACGUGUCUAGAGCUUGAAGAGUACUCAAUGUCUUCUCUGGAUCAAAAUCUCAGUCUCAUGGCUGUUUCCUCUGGUGGUGCUAUCGUUGGGGUGCAACUUAAUGGAAUAACUGAACCAGCCGAGAAAGAGGACGAGCCCGAUUACAUAAAGAGCUGUGAAAAUGCAAAAUUCAAAAAAAUUCUGAAACUCCUUCACCACGUGGAUCAAAAGGUAGACAUAAUGAACCGAUAUCCAGAUAAAAAAAUCAUGGACAUCAGAAUAAUAUCCGUGGACAGUAACUGGAGGGGUCAGGGUGUUGCUGCAGUAUUAUUUGAAAAGACCAUAGAGAUAGGCAGGGAGUUGGGUUACAACCUCAUCCGGACUGACUGCAGUUCUCACUUCACCGCUAGACUCUGCAAAAGACUUGCUUUCGAAGAGAUUUAUGCACUCAAAUACGCGGAUUACGUUGAUGAGAGUGGAAAACCUGUAUUUACACCUGCAGCCCCACACGCUGCCAUGACCACAUACGUACGAAAGCUCUAGGCAAUGAUUUAUCUAUUUGUGGAUCUAUUCGGAGGUAACGUAAUACGAUCAGUCAAGUUAAACGGAUGAAUUUUAAUUAGGAUGAUAACUUGACAGCGAACAACUUGUCGAAUCGGUCAGAUGGUGAAUUUAAGUAAAUCAUUUUAAAUGCUCUGUAUGGACUUAAAAUUCAGAAUGAUAUUCAUAAAUUCAGGAGAAGAAUUAUAAGAAUUAUAAGAAGUUGUAAAAUGUCUCUGAUGUUCAGACGAAUUGUGGAGGAUUUUCUUGAGAAUGGAAGAUGAUCUGGAAGAAUCCUGUAGUAUUGUGCAAAUAUGUUAGGAAGGAAUAGGUUUACAGACAUUCGUGGAAUAUAAAAUUAAUUGUCACCAGGCACUGAGUGAAAAGUGAUGAUACCUCAUUUCUGAUUUGGAAUGAAAAAAUAAUCCACGAAACUUCAUGACUUCAUUUUCUCUUAUUUAUCUUUAGAAUUACGCAGAUGUGAUAUAUAUGAUUCGUUUUACCCCUAAAUUAUAACACUCUUUAGUCUUCCAAAAAGUUUAACGUACCUUCAUUCGUAAUUAGCAUUUGUAACUCUACGUCUAUCAUUGACGUUUGUUUUAAUAAGAAAAUAAAUUAAUUGAAAUA